AUGUCUAGUUGGCAAGACAUCUGCCACUUCAAGCGUGAGCUUCAAGCUGGAAACAUCCCAUUCGACUGGCGCCUCAAAGCAAUCCCUGAUGACUACAAAUCAUCCAUACCAAUAGUCGAGAGCUGUGGUAUCUUGACAAGCGAGGAGCUGGAAAUCACUAACACCAAUGCAUCGAUUUUGGUCCCGAAGCUACAAGCCGGGGAGCUUACAGCAGUCAAGGUCGUCACAGCUUUUUGCAAAAGAGCUGCCGUAUUACAGCAAUUGACCAAAUGCUGUACUGAGCUCAUGUUUGGCGAUGCCCUAGAAACUGCUGAGCGUCUGGACGAGGAUUUUGCCAAGACUGGAAAGCCGUCUGGCCCUCUUCAUGGUCUUCCUAUCUCCUUGAAAGAUUGUUGUGAAGUCGAGGGCUACGAUGCUUGUGUUGGUUGGGCGGGUCUAUGUUUCCAGCCACUCGAGCAGCACAGUAUCUCUACUAUCGCCCAGACCGUACAGCUUGGAGCUGUGCUGUAUGUCAAGACGAAUGUACCUCAGAGCAUGAUGAUGUCGGAUAGUUACAACCAUGUCUUUGGGCAAAGCGUCAACUCUCUACAUCGCGGACUUGUAUCUGGCGGAUCUUCUGGCGGAGAGGGAGCACUAGUCGGUGGGCGCGGAUCAGUCAUUGGUAUCGGCACCGAUAUUGGCGGCUCAAUCCGUAUUCCAGCUGCUCUGCAAGGGAUUUAUGGUCUUUGUCCUUCCGCUUUCCGAGUUUCAUGGCGGAGAGCGGCCAACCAUCAAGACUAUUUGAUCCCUUCGGUUGCUGGACCCUUGACCUGGUCUCUUGACUCACUCAAGACCUAUAUGGAGGCGUACUGCUCUAGUAGCCCUUGGCAGGUUGAUCCCAGUAUCCCUCCCAUCCCCUGGAGAAAAGAGAUGACCAAACUUCCUGCUGGCAAGAAGCUCAAACUUGGUUUCAUCCACAAUGAUGGAUAUGUACUUCCACAGCCACCUAUUCAGCGAGCUAUGAACCAUGUCCGCAAGCUAUUCGCCGAUGCUGGUCACGAGUGCGUCGACUGGGACUCCACCUCACAACCUACAUCCUACUACGAGCUCUGGGAACCAGCCAUUCUCGCCGAUGGUGGUGAAGGCUGCAAAGCGGCCUGCAAGCUAUCAGAUCCUCCUCAGCCACUCAUCGAAGGCAUGCUGGUCGGUAAACCAGAGCACAAGCUUGAUCUACCACAGCGUCAAGCUUUGGCUCGUAAGAUUCUAGACUACAAGCAGGAGUAUGCUCAAAGAUUGCUAGAGUCGGGUGUUGACGCCAUCAUCGCACCAGUACUGCCUUGGGUUGGCUACAAGCCUAAGCAAUGGGUCAUCAGCAAUCAAUAUGUUGGUUACAGUGCUCACUGGAAUCUGCUCGAUUACUCAGCAUUGACUGUUCCUACUGGAGUGUUUGCAGAUAAGCAUCUUGACAGUGUCGAAGCCUGCCCUGGCUGGAAAGACCACACGCCGAAGAACAAGAGCGAUGAGUUUAAUCAUGGGCAAUACGAUCUGGAGCUGGUGGAGGGGAUGCCAGUGGGCGUGCAACUCGUCACAGGACAUUACGGUGAGGAAAAAGCAAUCAUGGUAGCGGAAGUCUUGGAAGGGUUGCGUAAGACUGGUUGA